AUGAGUUUUAAAAAUAUAAACCCCUCAACAAAAUCUAGAGAGUCAACUACGAGUGAUAGGGCAGAUUCAUCCAUAGCUUUAGAAGAUAGCUUAUCAAUCAAAGCAAACAGAAAUUCAAUGUUCUCGACAAAGUGGAGCACCAAGAAAACUUCCUCACCAUCCUCACCCUCCUCCUCCUCCUCCUCCUCAUCAUCAUCUUCCUCUUCAAACACCCGUUUCAACCAAAAGAGUAGUAUCUUGGAAUCAACCAAACAACCAUUACCAAAAGAAACGAAUGCGGGCUUUGUGAGAGGCCGCCCUUCUGCUUGCGUGUUUGUUGCAAGUUUGCGGUCCAACUUGUUGGACGAUGAGCUAUGCGUCUCAGUACAUAACCAUUUCAAACAAUGGGGCCGAUUAUCCACCGUCAAGGUUUUGAGAGACACAAGUAAUCGCCCAUACGCUUUUGUUCAAUAUUUAAGUGAAAAAGAUUCAAAACGCGCAAUCAAAGAGGGCCACAAUUCUGUUUUGGAUGGCAGAAACAUUCGAUGCGAAGCGGCAAAAGUGAACAGAACAAUCUUUAUUACCUCCGCGCUCAGUUUGUCUGUAGUUGCUGUUGAAAACAAGUUAUCCAAAUUUGGUGACAUAGAAGAAUUGACACCUAGCAAUGCAGCAGGGCAAAGCUAUAAAGACGCACCGUGCCUCCGAGGCUACAAGAAUUGGUACUGUAAGUUUGUUUAUCGUGAUGAUGCCAUCAAGGCAUAUGCUAACCUCACAGAAGGGGGCUCUUAUGAAGUAGAGUGGGCCCAAAAUGUCGACAAGUCAAACACUGUUAGCUUUAGAGAGGAUACAGCUUUUGAUUCCAAGAUUAGCAAAUCAAGGUUUGACCGAUUUUCCAUUUUUGUCGGGCAGUUGAGCCAUAAGAUCACUGAGCUCGAACUUAGAGAGAGAUUUCAACGCCAUGGAAAAAUCACGAGCCUUCACCUUUUAAAGAAAAGUGAAAGCACCUUUGCUUUUAUCACUUUCAAAGAUGAGUCUAGUGCUGCAAGUGCAGUCGAGGUGGAAAACCAUGCAAUGCUUUGUGGUAAAACCAUGCAUGUUCAGUAUCGCGAGGUUCAAAAUCAAUGGAAAGAUGCGCGCAAUGUCCGUGUGCCGCUUGCUCCACCACCGAUACAUAUUGGUAAGAGGGGUUUAGAGAAACCCAGAGGAGGGUUUAAUGCCCCACUUGCUAAACCCAAGUUCAAUGGCCGUGCAUCAAAUAUUUGUAACAAGGGGAAUGCUAAUUACAAACCCAUUGAAAUAGAAAAGGGGCAAGAUAAUUAUACGACCAAAACUGAAAGCAAAACUUCAUUUAAUCCUUGGCAGGCUUCCCAGUUAGAGUUGAAGAGCGAUACUAAGCUAACUGAACAAAUUGCAAAUUUAAAACCGUUCGUCCCUGCUAAAGCCGACUUGCAUGAAAAGAAAGAGGAAAAGGAGGACAAGAAGAAGGCAGAGAGAAAGCAUUCAAGAGAGGAGUAUCUGGCAAAAGAGGAUUUGGAAAACACUACUUCUGUUCAGCCCACAGAUACCUACAAGAAGAAUGCCACUAUUACAAACUAUCCUGCUCCUCCAAGUACUGGCUUUCCUUUGUUCUACUAUGUUCCAGCGGAGAAUGUAAGCUAUACACACGGUGGGCUGCAAAGCUCUUACUACAAUGUAUAUCCAUCUUAUUACCACCAGGUCCCCCCUCAUUCUCAGUACGAGAGAGGUGCUGUGGGUGGUAGUGGUGGUAGCUCGAGCGAAUUCACCCCAACUAUCCAUCGUUCACCUUCCUAUGGAAUUCCCAACUUUAUCUAUUACUCUAAUGACGGCGAAUCUAAGUCAAAGAAGGGCUAA